AUUUAGUGAGUUGUCUACCCCAACUACCCGUUCGUACACACGCAGUGCGCAUGUAUCAGAGGUAGCCGUCGCCACUACCCUCUACACCAAUAUCUCUUCGACACGUGUCCUCUGCACAUGGGUAAAAUAUUCCCCCUUUGAUCCCCCUAACGUCACUCUGACAAUUCCGUUGGAGACUCUCACAUUUGACCUUAUCCAAGUCAAUCUUCCAAAACACUGCCCCCUUGAACAAGGUGCUCGACCAUCAGGCUGUUCUCAGCCCUUGUUUAAUUUGUUGUGUAACUUACAAGUUGUAUUUUGUAAGUUUUUUAAAGUUUCAAAUUGGAAUUUUAGAUUGUUGUAUGAUUUCGACAAUGUAUUUCAUAAAUUUUUUAUAUCUUUUUUUAUUUUUUUGUCAAAAUUUCAUCAAAAUACACCACUUUUCAUUUUUUUUCAAUUUAAUCACCAAUUAUCAAAGUUUGCAAUUAAGUACACCAGCUUUAGACAUCGUCGAAAACACACGUUGAAGUCCAAAAAUAAAAAUGAUAAAUUAAAAU